CCGCCUGCAGGCAGCCCCGGCCGGCGGCUCCAUCCCGGGCACCCCAGGGCCGUGGCUGCCGCUGCCGCGCUCCAGGAUCGCGGGGAGCUGCCGCUGCUGGAGGCCUGGGCGAGGGAUUGGCUUUACCCAUCUGCAGACUUCCUUCUGCCGUGGGGAGCAUGAUGAUGGCCAUCCUCGAGCGUAUCAGCACCUUGUCCGUCAGCGGGCAGCAGCUCCGCCGCCUCCCCAGACUCCUGGAGGAAGGCUUCCCCAAGAUGCCCUGCACCGUCGAAGAAUCCGACGUGCCCCAGCUCUUCCGGGAGCCAUACAUCCAGACGGGGUACCGCCCUACCGGCCAGGAGUGGCGCUAUUACUUCUUCAGCCUGUUCCAGAAGCACAACGAGGUGGUCAACGUCUGGACUCACCUGCUGGCGGCCUUGGCUGUGUUGCUGAGGUUCAAGACCUUUGCAGAAGCAGAGGAGCUGUCCUUGGACGUCUCAUCCUUGCCUUUGUUCAUCUUUGUGCUGUCCUCCCUCACCUACCUAACCUGCAGCCUCUUGGCCCACCUACUGCAAUCCAAGUCGGAGCUGUCUCAUUACACCUUCUACUUCAUGGACUAUGUUGGAGUCAGCGUCUACCAAUACGGCAGCGCCCUGGCCCAUUUCUACUACAGCUCGGACCAAGCCUGGUACGACAAAUUCUGGCUCUUCUUCCUCCCCGCGGCUGCCUUCUGCGGCUGGCUCUCUUGUGCUGGCUGCUGCUACGCCAAGUACCGGUACCGGCGCCCCUAUCCCCUCAUGAGGAAGAUGUGUCAGGUGAUCCCAGCAGGGCUGGCGUUCGUCUUGGACAUCAGCCCAGUUGCCCACCGUGUGGUCAUGUGCCACUUGGGGGGCUGCGAGGAGCAGGCUGCCUGGUAUCACACCUUCCAGAUACUGUUCUUUCUAAUCAGUGCUUAUUUCUUCUCCUGCCCGAUCCCCGAGAAGUAUUUCCCGGGCUCCUGUGAUAUAAUUGGCCAUGCCCAUCAGAUCUUCCACAUGUUCUUGGCUCUUUGCACUCUCUCGCAGCUGGAGGCCAUCUUCCUGGAUUACAAGAUCAGGCAGGAGAUUUUCCUGAGUAGACAUGGACCCCUCUCCAUCUACCUGUCCUGUGUCUCUUUUUUCGGCCUGGUGGCCUGUAGCUCCAUCACUGCUCACUUCCUGCAGUGCAGGAUCAAAGCGGGGCUGGCUAAAAGAGACUCCUGAGAAUCCAUUGCGAAGACUAGUUAGACCCUGACUGGCUGGUACUGAUUUGGUGGAAACCAGCGGAGGAUAAUUUAUAGAGACAUAACAAAUUGGUUUGUUUGCGUAACAGGUUUUUCUAAUUUAUAACUGAGAGAUGGUUCGCAGGCUGGAGUCGCUGUACAAGAGCCCUUCCGUCUAAAGCGUUUUUACUUGAGUGGCUGCCUCUUGCAAUGCAGGGCAGAUUGGGGCACUUAACCAAGGAUGCUUGGAUUAGGCGGAGGUUUCUAGUUUGUUCCACGCUAGUAAAUCUGCAGGGAAUACUAUACUGAAUAUCAGGAAAACCUUCCUAAGGGUCAUUAGACUGUAGAGCAGUCUCCUAGAGGAAGCACAUGGCUAGAGUCAUUUAAGACUUUACAGGAGACUGUGCAGUGUGGAUCAGUCCUGUACUGGCAGGGGACAUGGACAAGAUGACCUACUAGGUCUUUUCCAUCUCUGCUAUAUAUGGGCUUGAUCCUGCUCCCAUUUAAGUCAAUAGCAAAAUUUCAGCAGCAGCAGGAUUGGGCCAUAUGAGUCUAAAUUUUCAGGAUGUAGCUGCGGAGCUCUGGGUGGCACAGUGAUAUAUAGCUUACAGCUGCACAAGCCCUUUAUAUAUCUCCAAGUUAGAUUCUUGUGACUCAUGUUCUCUCAACUCUGCUCUCCUGAAAUAAAUCGUACCAGGUUCUUAGGAUGACUUUGCCAAAUCUUUGUUGUAGAGAUGGGUCUGGACCAAAACUCUAGAUCCGUCUAUCCCCAGACUUUGGGGAUGUUCCAGACCAGAUCAGAACUUAGUGUCUCAGGCCCAUCUCUGCUUCACUAUUUGACUCUUACCCAGGUUUUCUUCCAGGAGACACCUGAUGCAGUGGUGAUGUGAGCAAAAUUCCCUCUUCUGUCACUGGGAGAUUUCAGCAUGGGUAUUUAUAGAAAUUCAGUACCAGGGCUGUUAAUGAAAAUUUAAAACAACGAGGUGGACUGUCUCAGGGGCUGGUACUGGGAUAUGGAGCAUUUCCCUAGUAGAUCUGUUGUUGAAUCCAGGCUGGGUCGGUGACUGUUUGGUGGCCUGCAUCAAAUGCGUUUGUGCUCGUAGUUGAGUUAUUGUGGAGCAAAGAGAACAAAGACCCUUCACUGUAGGGACAGUCCCCUUUUGGCCAUGAGCAGUGCUCUUUGAUGGGGCAUUUUGGGGAAGCUGGCACUUGCACUUGUGUUGUACUUAUGAGGGUAAACAGAGGUCUUCAAGGUUGUGAGUCUGCCACCUUUCAUCAAAGCGAAAUAACAUUAGAGAUUAAAACUUAAUAAUUGGAGAAAAAACAGUGAGGAGGGGGGAAGGGUGGGAAGAAGCAAAAUGUAGCCUCAUUCUCCCUUCGAUGAACCUGCCUGAUGUCCCCCAAUGUCUAUUGUACCCAGAGCAAAAUUCUUCUUCCAUUUGCACUGCAGAUGUCUAUUGAAUAUUUGACUCUGACUGAUGCCAGUGGAGUGGAUGUACCAUAAGGAACAAUCCCACCCUGGCAGAGGAAUGGACUGGCUGGUGUAAUGUGCCUUUGGCUCUGCUGCGGGAGCGAGGUGUCAGCGGAAGCCUUGCAUAUGGAUCUAGGGCAGUGCGUAACCCUAACACUGUAGUGUAGCCCUCCUGUAAUAUGGAAAUGAGGGUAGGAGACGGUUAAAUAUUUCAUGCUGAUGGUUAUGGGUCAUUCCCUUCUACCAUCCCAAAUGAAUUACAAAGGUUUGGGUUGCUUAGAACAAAUUCGCCAAUUGGAUAAGUCCCUUCUGACAACCUGAGUGGGAAGUAGGUGAUUGGAGGCUCUGAGCCAGAUCCCCAGCUGGUGUGAAUUGGAGUGACUGCACUGAAGUCUGUGGCACUUACAUCAGCCGUCGAGGAGGCUCUGCCUAGGUACAGUCCUCAGGCCUAACUUGUAAGCACUUCUUGUCUUGUCCAUUCUGUCCUCUCCCAGUGUUAAAUCCCAG